AAGGAAGAAAGUAGUAGAUCAUCUGGCGCGCCUCCUUUCUCGCCGUGUCGUGUUGUUCCUUGUUGAUCUUUCCGUGCGGAAGAGUAAUCGGUCAUACCCAGGAAAACGGCAGGUGCAUUCCUGUCGUGUCUAGUAUCCGUUGGAGAGAAUGGCCCCACUGUGCGCUUUGCUCGUGCUGCUUGGCUGCUUGGCCUCAGCUAAUGGCAAUCCCGGGAUCAUCGUGAGAAUGAACCAAAGUUUCUUCGACUUCAUGCUCAAGGAGAAGUUGGAGCCACUGCUGAAGAAAGACAUCUUAUCUUACAAGAUUCCGGCGGUGAAAUAUCACAUUAGUGGCAUCAAUAUAGACAUGGACCUCUCUAGCCUGGUUAUCUCCAACAUUGCGUUCAGUCCCGCUAUCCUGACACCGUCCAGUGCCACUAGCAGCCUGGAAGCUACAAUGGGCGUACACAUGGGCGGCGAUGGAGUGUGGGAGACGCGUACCGGCUGGUGGCCACACAUCAAAGAGCAUGGCACAGUGUCGUUCAAUUUCUCACCGCUCCUGGUGGUAGUGGGCAUCUCCAUGUCGCCGGGUUCCGAUGGCAUAUGGAAAUUUCAGAUUACUCGCCUGACGGUGAACUCCAAAUUCGACAUCAAGUUUCACGGCGGCGUUCUAUCGGGACUGGAUAUUGGUGCUCUGAAAGAUUACAUCAACAAGAAGGCAGGGGAGACAGUCACCAAUACUAUCAAGACUGCAGUGGCUGGAGCACUGGCCAAGCUGACGCCGUACAUGAAGCAGUACUUGCCCUAUAUCACCAUACCAGGCUGUGUUCAGCGCGGUCUGCCACCGCCAUGCAAGAACUUUGCCCUGAACGUCUCUCUGACCAGCAGUGGAGUCUGGCGUGACCACUGCUUCGCUGAGAUGCAGUUCGAUGGUUUUUUCAUCUACAAGGGAAAGCCAUAUGUGCCCAUCAGCUCCCGGGAUCUCCCUGCCAUUCCUUCUCCGUGUGGUGAUCGCAGCCUCUCGUUGCUCAUCUCCGAAGCCUCGUUCACGUCCGCUGUUGAUGCCAUCUUUGCCAGUGGACUGAUUCAUAUGAAUGUUCCAUCUGCCAAGACGGCUGGUGAUAAAGUGUUCAACAAGCUUAUUCCCGGGCUUCACCAAAGCUUUGGCAACCUCUCCCUGUACUUCAACACCAGUCUGAUCUCGGCUGCCUUCCACCUGGAGCAGGACAAGGCUGUGUCCAACUUUGCCAUCGCCUUUCAGAUACUUGCUCUGACGUCGGUGGCGGGUGCUUACCCAAAGACGUUCAAGGAGGUGCUCACGAUUCGCGUGAACUUCACUGUUGGUAUGACGGCUCACAUUGCCCCCACGCAGACACAGGCCGGUGUGCUUUCACUUGUUUACCUGAAGUUCCUGGACACUGAGGUGAACAAUGUCACGGUUAUUAGAGCAGCUCUCACAGCUGACGAUACGGUUGUUCAGAAGUGGAUGCAGCAGCUCAUGACGGAAGGUUUCAACAAUGCUGCCGAGCUUCUAUCAAAGGGAAUUCUUGCUAUUCCACCAGCAAUUGGUGGCAUCGGUAUCUAUCAGCCGGAGUUGAAGAUUGGUGAUCAUCACUUGAAACUGGCGCUGAACGUAGGAAAGCCUCCAGCGGUCAACAUGUCCGCCGAAGAGCUUGUGUUUGGCGAACUGCCUACUCACCACCAGACAAAGUCGCACAACUCGCUCCCCGAGUACCUGGAGUAUGCUACUUCGACCAUUAGUAACAUGCUGGUUGAGAGCCAGGACAUGAUCAUGAACAUUUUCACCAAGUCCUUCUCCGACUUGCUCUAGAUGUGCAGCAGUCAGUGAGUGUAUGAAGACUAGAGUAGAUCGGUAGACAUAGACACAUUUCAAACUUGCUAGGUUGUAAUUGUGCAGUUUUCUCUUAUGACUGGCAAUGUCCACAUAGUACUUGUAGUAGUGUUAGUAUUGCAUACAGUUGCAAUGCUGUGCUGUGUUUCUGUACGGUGACCCUGUCUGGCUGUCUCUCACAGCUCUCUUUGUUUGAUCUCUUCAGAUCCGUUACCGUGGCAAUUUCUCUCUUUUUGCCCGAUUUUUCAUUGACAUUCGUGGAUGUUGGGAUGUUUUAUACAUUGUCUGAUUGAUAGACCAUUCUUGCUGCAUUUGCCAGACGAAUUCUUGCGAAGGUUUCUCUUGUUCUGUACUGUGUAUGCUUUCUUCAUUUUGAUUCUGAAAAUCCUCUUUGCUAUUAAUUUUACUUCGAAGGACAAGUAUUUAUUUUAUGCUGCUUGCCAGCCAUCUGA